UCAACUCAAGUCGCGUUGUUUUAUUACAAAACGUGACAUUGUAAGUUUCACAGCGAGUGUAUACGACCCGCUUGGAUUAAUUUCACCGGUAUUGGUACGCGCCAAACUAUUUAUUCAACUUUUGUGGAAGUUGAAAUUGGAGUGGGAUGAACCACUAAGUCCUGAACUUUACGAACAAUGGAUCUUAAUUGCUGAGGAUUUAACCGCUGCUCGUGAUAAUCAAAUCAACCGGAAAUAUUUUGACAAGACUUCUCCAGGUGAUACCUAUCAAAUGCACACUUUCGCAGACGCGAGCACUUCCGCGUAUGGUGCUGUUGUGUUUCUUCGUCGUCAGCACGAAACGGCUCUUGUCAUGUCAAAGACACGAGUCUCCCCUAAAUCGGAAUUAUCUCUGCCGAAAUUGGAAUUAAUGGCUGCACUGAUCGCUACGAGACUCGGUAAACUCGUACUGAAUGCUUUAUCGGACAAAUUCAAUAUAACUGAACAUUUCCUGUGGUCCGACAGUCAAGCGACCUUGCAUUGGAUUAAUAGCAGUAAGAAGUUGCCAGUAUUUGUUCAAAAUAGAGUGCAAGAAAUACGCGACUUCACACAAGAAUAUAAAUACUGUCCAACCGUGGACAAUCCCGCGGACUUACUAACGAGAGGUAUAUCAGCUAAUGACCUCCGUUCAAACCCCAAAUGGAAUUAUGGGCCGUCAUGGUUACCAGAUCAACAAAUGUGGCCAACAUGGGAUGUGAACAAUGCUACUCAACUACAUGUCAACAUCACGAAGGAAGAUGACGACCUCGUCAACCCGGAUACUACUUCGCCAGUCAUCAACGCACAAACCGCUCGUCAAGAGACUGAUGAAAGUGACAACUCCGGUGUUCAACGUAUUAUUGACAUUUCCAGGUACAAUUCACUCGAUAAACUGUUGCGUGUGACCGUCUACGUACUGCGAUUUGUUAACCGUAUAAAACAAAUCACUCGCCAGCCAAACUCGGACAAUAACAACGAUAUAAUCACAUCAACAGAACUCAAGAACGCUGAACUUCUGUGGACAAGAAAUGUCCAAUCUGAACAUUACGGGGAUACUAUCCAUGCGUUACGCGAACAACGACGCAAGUUCGGACCGCUCAUUCGUCAAUUGAACUUAUUUCUAGACGAGAAGGAAAUACUUCACUGUGGAAGUCGUAUCCACAACGCACCGCUCGACUAUGUGACGAAAUACCCGAUACUGUUACCGUCAUACCAUGCAUAUACACGACUAAUUGUGAUGAAAGCACACGAACUAAAUAAACAUUCUGGUGUCCAGUCUACAGUGACCCAGAUUCGGCAACAACACUGGAUACCCAAAAUACGCCAGGUUGUACAGAGUACUAGUAUACUGAGAAGUUGUGUGACGUGUCGCAAGGUCGAUGGAAAACCGUUUUCCAACCCCGUUCAAGCACCGCUACCAUCAUAUCGCGUAAAUAUGAUGCCCCCAUUCGCCGUGUGUGGAGUUGACUUCACUGGAAGUCUCAUAACCAAAACACCUGAUGGAAAAAGAAAUAAAGCCUACGUUUGCUUAUUCACUUGUGCAGUGACACGCGCCGUCCAUUUGGAAGUUAUACCCGACCUGUCAACAAAGACAUUUCUACACGCUUUCCGUCGCUUCGCUGCAAGACGUUCACUACCCAGUCGUAUGUUGUCCGACAACGCGUCCACUUAUAUAUCCGCCGCGGAAGAAAUACGCAAUCUACUCGAUACUUCAGAAGUUCGCGAAUAUCUCGCUUCGCAUCGCGUCGAGUGGACGUUCAUCCCGAAACGAGCUCCAUGGUUCGGAGGAUUCUGGGAAAGGUUAAUCGGCAUAACCAAGAACGCCAUCAAAAAGGUUUUGGGCCGUGCGCUAAUCACCUUUGAUGAACUUUCUACCAUAGUUACCGAAAUCGAAGCUACUGUUAAUGAUCGUCCAUUAACAUACGUGUCUUCCAGCAUCGAAGACAACGUCAGUUUGACACCGUCUCAUCUGCUCAACGGCCGGUCAUUGACACAGUUACCAUACAUAAACAUUACCGACGAUGAACUUUAUGACCCCGAUUAUGACAGUCAUACGAAAGUCAACAAACGAUAUGAACAUUUAGUUCGUCUACACAUACAAUUCUGGCGUCGAUGGCAGACAGAAUAUCUCACCGCACUACGCGAACGUCACCCUACUACCGGUACAAAGAACAAUACUAUUAAAGUAGGUGAUGUUGUCAUAGUACACGACGACAUUAAUCGCCGAGUAAAGUGGCAACUUGCUAUAGUAAACAGUCUAGUUUACGGCAAAGAUGGACUUGUCCGGUCAGCUGAGGUGAAAACUUCCAAUGGUCAUAUGUCCCGCCCUAUUCAUAAAUUGUUCCCGCUGGAAAUUGUAUCGAAGGAAUUGACAUCAUCCAGCGAUGACACAACGCAACCCACUGCCACAGAUGGUAUCACUAACAUGCAUGAUGAAAUCAACAUCCCUACCAGUGGAAGUACAGAUGAUAUACCAUUGCCACAACGCAGAUCACAUCGUGACGCCGCAGCUGCCGCCAACGUCAGACUCAAAGAUUUAUUCUGA